UUUAAUUUGGGAGAGAGGGAGAUCUUGAAUAUUAUUAUUAUUAUUAUUAUUAUUAUUAAUGGAUAAUUCGAGCAAGAAGGUGGGUGUUAGCCGGAAAGGGAAGAUAGUGACCGUGCUAAGCAUCGACGGCGGGGGCAUAAAGGGAAUCAUUCCGGCAACUCUCCUCGCCUAUCUUGAAUCCAAACUUCAGGAACUGGACGGGCCGAGCGUGAGGAUUGCUGAUUAUUUUGAUGUGGUUGCCGGAACCAGCACCGGAGGUCUUGUAACCGCCAUGCUCACCGUCCCCGGAGCUGAUGGUCGGCCGCUCUAUGAGGCCAAGAAAAUAACCAGCUUCUUUUUAGAAAACUGUCCCAAGAUUUUCCCACAGACCAGCGGGUGGAACCUAUUAGCGAACAUGGGAAAAAUGAUUGGCACGAUGACUGGACCAAGAUAUGACGGCAAGUACUUGAGGCAACUAUUGAAGGAACAAAUCGGGACUCUCACGAUAAAACAAACUGUAACUGACGUCGUCAUCCCAACGUUCGACAUCAAGAAUCUUCAACCCAUCAUCUUCUCCACCGAUGACGCAAAGAUUGAAGUGUCCAAGGAUGCUCUAUUGGUUGACGUGUGCCUAGGGACAUCAGCAGCUCCGACAUAUCUUCCGGCACAUUCUUUUGAGACUAAGUAUGCCGACGGCACAACACGCACAUUUGAUCUUGUUGACGGCGCAAUUGCAGCAAAUAACCCGACACAAAUAGCAGUUACUCACAUAGUAACAGAGAUAUUGCUGGGAAAGUUUGAGUUCUUAGAGAAUAGAGAGAAGGUGGGGAUUAGUAGGAUGCUGGUAUUAUCACUAGGAACAGGGGAAGCAAAGAUGGAACAGAGGUUUAGCGCAGAUCAGGUCUCAAACUGGGGAAUCUUCUCAUGGAUCAUCAACAUGAAAGGCUCCAGUCCUAUCAUCGAUUGCUUUAGUGCCGCCAGCUCCGACAUGGUCGACAUUCAUGUUUCCACUCUUUUCCAAGCCGUUCAUGCUCAGGAUAACUAUCUUCGCAUUCAGGAGGAUUCUUUAACCGGGGACUCUUCGAGUUUGGACGUUGCAACGAGUGAGAACUUGAACAGGCUGGUGGAGAUUGGUGAUGAAUUGCUGAAGAAGAAGGUGUCCAGGGUUAACUUGGAGACUGGCAUUUUUGAGCCAGUAAUUGGGGGAGGAGCAGGCACCAACCAGGAAGCCCUGGACAGCUUUGCGCUGCGUCUUUCUGAUGAAAGAAAAUACCGUCAAGGAAUCCAAGUAUCCAACUCUUCUGAAUCAACGUACAUAUAAUAACUAGUAAUUAAGUCAUGAUCA